AUUGCCGGCCCGUUAAAGAUAGCCCAGGUUACUGUAAAAGCGGAAAAUUUGGAUUUACGUCUUCCGCUCGCGCUUGCGUAAACUAACUCGCCUCUCUUCUCCAACAUCUCUCCGGCGAUUGGUCCCCCCAAAAAAAAACGUCUCUCCGGCGAAUUACGGCGCCGGCGCCGAGAUCCACGCUUCUCUCUCGCCGCGAACGGAGAGCGACCGAGGCGAUGUUCGGUGUUCAGUGGUGGGGCGGAUUGGGGGCGGACGCGCACCUCCGCGACGACCCCGACGAUGCCUCCAUCCCGGCCCUGCUCGACUCCCGCUUUGACGCCGACAAGGUCGACGCGCUCAAUCGCCUCCUCGCCCACCUCUUCCCGCAGGCUCCCAAAUGAAGCUCUCCUUUCUAUUGAUAAUAUAUCAGUUCAGGCACAGCCAUCAGAUCCUAUACAGCUGGCCUGAAGUUCUACCAUGCUCAAGGGCAGGCCUUGAGAAUUGAUCCAAUGAUGUUCAAGGCGUCACUUGUUGAUGAUCCUGAUGUUCCAGAACGCGAUGAUGGGGCAACUAGCAAGGUGGCAGCAUGAAUCAAGCAUGAUAAAUAUGUGUUGUAUCAUACAAAAUGAUUCUACAAUAUAAUGUACUUGUUGGUUAUCCUUCUGAUAGGCCUCUGAGCAUUUUAGUGUUGUGCAUUGAUAGAACCUUGUUGCCAAAUGUCAUUUCAUCUCUACUGUGUGCUUCUGUAGCUUACUGCUCAACAACAAUUUUUCGUAACAUUCAUUGCAUUAAUGUAUGUUUCCUGUCUUCUUGUCGAUCUAGACCUGAAUUUACAUGAAUCCCCCUUUGUGGAUAAAUUACAUGCAUACAUUGUAAAUUUUUCAUGCACUAUAUUUGGCUUAGCAGGUCUCAUGCACCUGUUUUUCGCUUCAAUGGUGGAGUGAGAGGUAAGCAAGCUGUCCUGGUUAUGAUACAUACACAACUUUCAGGCAUCUACUUUUAUUGUGAUAUUGAUACUUAGUAUCUGAAGCAUAAGUUGUUUGAAGCAUAAAGUAAUCGUCCAUGGAUGGUUAUUCCUUUUUGUGACACCCAUCUGGAAGCUAUGCUUUAUCUGAUACGAUGGGAAAGGUGGUGUUUUUAGUUUUCUGGGUCUACAAAGGUAGCCUUCGGUAUCUCAUUAGAUGCCUAUGCUGUUGUUUAUAUCGAUGAAGGGAUUUAGUAGUAUUAAGUAGAAUCAGUAACAUGGGUGUGAGACACUGAUGCCUUUCUUGUUAUCCUGUAUAUCUUACCGCCGCAAAGCCAAGUUUCCACCCCCUGAAAGCAAUGCUCAGGGAGAAUCUGUGCCCCAAAUAGGACAGUUCCUUCUACUGCAAUAUGUAAGACUGUACCAUAAUAGGAAGAUUGGACUAGCAUUUUUUGUAGUUGGUUGAUAAAUAGAGCUAUCUCUGCAUGAAAUAUCAUGUUCACUGUUUGUCCCUUGCAUGGUUACACAAGGUAUUUCUUCUCUCUGAGGCCACCCCAUCCAUGCAAAUUGCUAAAGCAAUCUCACCAAGAAACCUCUCUUUCACUUUCUGCAACUCAGAAGCACUUCUUAACCCCGCACACCAUCAUAUAUUUCAAGAACAGGAUUGCAACAAGUGACAAGCAAAUCAAGAACAGGUCAAGACCAUGGAAGCACCAAGAAGUUGCAGUUUGCCAUGCUUGCUCCUCGUGCUGAUCCUAGUGUCCCCUUGGUGCAGCACCUCAAUGGCAGCGAGCUGCAGCUUCACCAUAUCCAACCACUGCUCCCACACUAUCUGGCCAGGUACAAUGGCCGGCGCGGGCACACCGCAGCUGCCCACGACAGGGUUCAGGCUCGACCCAGGGCAGACAGUUCAAAUCCCGGCGCCGGCGGGGUGGUCUGGCCGGAUAUGGGCUCGGACGGGGUGCAACUUCAGCGCUGACGGCGCGGGCGCACCUGCUGGCGCGGUCGCGUGCCAGACCGGCGACUGCGGUGGUGGGCAUAUGGAGUGUGGCGGCACGGGUGGGAAGCCGCCGGCGACCCUGUUCGAGGUCACGCUGGGGAAGGGCACCACUGCUGACGACCAGGACUACUACGACGUGAGCCUCGUCGAUGGCUACAACCUGCCAGUCGUCGCUGUCCCGCGGGCCCAGCAGGGCGGUGGCAGUUGCAAUGCCACCGGCUGCGCCGCCGACCUCAACCUCUCAUGUCCCAAGGAGCUGCAGGUGGAAGACGGGAUCGGCGGCAGCGGUACGGUGGCGUGCCAAAGCGCAUGCGAAGCGUUUGGAAAGGACAAGUACUGCUGCAGUGGCGCCUACGCGACGCCGACGACUUGCAGUCCGACGGCCUACUCAUCCGUCUUCAAGUCGGCAUGCCCGCGGGCCUACAGCUACGCCUACGACGACGGCAGCAGCCUCUUCACCUGCAACGCCAUCGACUACACCAUCGCCUUCUGCAUCCCUCCCACUGGGGGCGGCACUCAGCUCGGCGCGCCAGCCAAUGGACAGGGCAACCCUGGUAAUGCUAACCUUGCUCCUCCUGCUGGCAGCAAUGGUGCUGGAAGCGCCUACCAGCCGCCAUCGACAGGCAAUGACGGUGGCGGAAGUGCUUACCAGCGACCCCCAACAGGCAAUGUUGACCCUGGAAGUGUCUACCAGCCACCGCCAACAGGCAACAAUGGCCUUGGAAGUGUCUACCAGCCACCACCACUAGCAGGUAACAAUGGCGCUGGAAGCGCCUACCAGCCACUUCCGUCAGGCAACAAUCCGACAAGCAACAAUGGCCUCGGAACAGAACUCGGAAGUGCCUACCUACCGCCCCUGACCGGAAACAAUGGCGUUAGAAGCACCUACCAGCCUUGGAAGAUGCCAUCGUCGGCGAGCACUCGAUACAACCAGCUAUGGUUUCUGCUACCUGCAGCGCUCUUGUUCCUUGUAUGAUCACUCUCCAUGAAAAGACAGGUACUGCUUUGUGUCGAGUCCUUCGAGCUUUUGAAGAUUUGAAGAACGGACAACCACAAACUAACAGAUGAAUGCUGGACAGAGGAUUGGGUGAUCAGAGGCGUGGAAGGGAGAAGGUACAUUCAAGCAGAGAUCUUGUAGGAGUUCCUGACAGAGUGACAGUAGUUACAACUCAACGAUUAUUAACAUUGUAAAAUUAGUCUCGGUAAUAUCUAGUAAGUACUUGUUCUUUCAUGUAGAUUAUCUACUGGUUCAUCAGUGGAAGGAUGUAAAUAUGGGUUCUUUUAUGUAGAUUAUCAAAGAUAACCUCUAGUAUAAAUUGUGCACUCAUUUGAACCAUCAAGGAAAUGCCAUGCUCUGAUUUUGUAGGGUUAGUAAA